GGCACACGCCGCAUCACUCUCUCUGCCAUCUCUGGCAUUUUAACAAGAGCCGCUUCAGCAAGAGGAAAGAGACCGACGUGGGUAGUCAUGCACACCAAAUCGGCGAAUUUCAGCCUGAGCAUUUGUUUUUAUUAUUAUUUGUAUAUGCUGUGUCGACGUGGGCUUUACUGGUUUCCCCGGAUAAAAUCAAAGUAAGCCACUGCAUCUCUGUUGAUGUUCCUCAUACCCAGCCCUUAUCUGCACCUCAUAGCUGGUAUGAAAGAAGAGCAUUGUUACCAGAGGAAACAGCGCAUAAAUCUGCAACAGGAAAUGAAUCGUCUGUGCUCUAUUAAUAAUAACUUUCCAUAUGAUAACAACCUCCUGGUGCUGGACAUGGUCCUGAGCUCACUGUGGGCUUCGCCUCAGCCAAUCAACUGGGAGAAUGUUGCCAAGUUGGUCCCAGGUUUCAGACCUAAAGAGCCCCAACAUGGUAAUCCACGUUUGUGAUGAGGCAAAGAACCUGAAGCAGGACUUUGUGUGUCCGAGGAACCUCCUGGUAAAAGAGAUGCGUUACUUUGAAGAGUAUCUUUCUGUGGACCCACAGCGUUGGGACGAGGUGGACAUUUCUGUCCACUGUGACAUCCAGAUCUUCGACUGGCUCAUGAACUACGUCAAGAGUCACAACACUGAACAUUCACAUGGAAAACACAUGGACAAACCCAGACUAGAGCACAGCAAUGUCAUCUCAAUCCUGAUCUCCUCCGAGUUCUUGAAGAUGGAAACUUUAGUUGAGGAGUGUAUCCAGUAUUGUCACAAACAUAUGAGUGCCAUCAUAGCGACGCCAUGCAACAUGAACUGCAUCAAUAACAACCUGGCUGGACGCAUUGCUGAUUUGUUCAGCCACAAUGAAGCAGAUGACCUCAAGGACAAAAGAGACAAAUUCAAAAGUAAACUGUUUCAGAAGAAGAUUGAGAGAUUAUUUGAUCAUGGUUAUAAGAAUCACGAUUCCCCUGGUAACGCAUCUACUCUGUACAGAUGUGGACUUUGCCUUAAGCUUUUAACCAAAGAAACUGAGGGAAAAAUCCCUUGUGUUCCAAAUAAAAUCAACAUAGAUGCUCGGGGAAACAUUGUAUUCAAUCAUACCAGACAUAAGGCCUGGGAGGUACAUGAGUAUGUGAAUGGGCUUUAUGAAGAGUUGAAGUCCUGGGUGCUGGUGUACUGGAGGAUAUGGGGCACCAUCAACUUCCUUACCUGCUCACGCUGCAGACAGGCACUCCUGUGUACAGAUUUGGGCCAGUGUAAGCACCACCCAGAGGUGGUUGUGUAUCCUGGCAUUGGGGCAGAUCAUAGAUGGCACGGCGUUGGUCUUUAUCUGUGCUGCAACCAGAAAGUCCUAAGAUUCGAUCCCUCCUCCAUGCCCAAGGGCUGUAAAAUAAGAGACCACAUUGUGAGUGUGGCAGAUGGUGGUGACUGCGGAGAUCACAAUGUGAACUCAACCCAGACCAGAAUACUCAAUGACCUGCUGCUACACAGAGAGGCUGUGUGUGUGCCAGAGAGUUGUAGCUCUGAGGACGCUUCUGCAGGUAGUGAACGUGUGCCAGGAUGUGAUGCAAUGCUUGAGCCAGGGGUACUUACAGCUCACAGACCCAAGGAAACCACAGCUUUUUCACUGUUAAAAAACUGGAGUCUUCAGGUGAGGCAGCAGUCUCUGCUCUCUGAAGAUGAGGAGUACACUACAGGGUCAGAGGUCACAGAGGAUGAGAUCGGGGAUGAAGAAGACACAUCGAAAAAACAAGCUACAAAGAAGGCAAGAAAAUCUGGAAAACCUUUUAAAAGACAAGUGUCCUCCCCCGGUUUCCAGCGUAAGGAGAAAUCUGGAGAAAAGGCACCAUCUGGAGACUCAACCCCGUUCAUCAUCAGCAUCCAGAAGAAUAAGUGGGAUAGCAAUCGCUCCAUGAGGUACAAUCAGGAUGCACAGAGGGAGGAGGAUCAGAGGAGAAUGCAGGAGAUAAUAGCCAAUCUCACUAAAAUGCGCUUUGGUGACCAAGAGCAGAUGAAGUUUAAAGACAUAAAAGAGCCUGCAGGGGGGCUCUACUCGAGGAUGGAGGCCCAGUUUAAGGCCUCGUCUCAGUCCAGCGGACGACACAGCAGCUCAGAGAAAACUCUAAGAGUGAAGACACGCUCGGGGCUGUCAAGACCGACUUCUAGAAAACAUGGAGAUAAGUGGAUGAGUUUCUGAAAAGGAGGAGUAAACAAGGUUGCUGCUGUUUGACGAGGCAGAAGAAACCAUCACUCUCUUCGUCCGUCCUUUGCUCCACUCCUCACCCCCUCCUCCAAACUCUGUCCAGUUAUAGCAGGAAGAGCAUUAGUGUCUUUUCCAUCACAAUCCCAGGAGAAGAAUGGAUUGCUCACUGAUGUCAUAACUGUAGCUAUAGAACAUAAACAAUGGACCUAAUAAAAUCAGUUGCACUGUAAACAAUACAUGCUUUUGGCUGCUAAUGAAUUGGUUGAACCGACUCUGUUACUGUUACUUUAGUACAAUUUAAUUUUAUUUUGCACCUUUUGCUUUAUCUCAUCUCAUGUCUAGCUCAGGAUUCAUCCCAGCUGCAGUGUGUUUGUAAUGUCCUUGCUUCAUUCUAGUGGACUCAGGUGACCAGACAAAGCUCAUCUCUGUUGUACUGACCCUGCACUUUAAGCCGUCUUAAUGCAAUGACUCAAACCUGUAUAAUAGGGAAAGAAGCUGUAGGGUAAAGUGUCAUGCUGAUGACUAAUACCUGUGAGGUCUAUGAUUAUGUUGCACUGAAACUAUCACAACUGUGCCAUUUGGACCAAUGUGACGUGGGGUAGAAUGCAGAAUCCGUAGAAUAAAAAUCAUUUAAAAUAAACAUGUCUUUUUUUA